CAGAACACAGCUGUUGCGAGGCGCAUCGUCGUGUCCUGAGCGUUAGCCUCCAAACUGUUAGCUGUCUGCUGCUUUCUGAUGAACCCGCUGGAAUAUCGAAGGAAGGAAGAAGAUAACGGCUUCACUUCGACAGACUGUUGAGACGAGGAAGCCCUUACCGGCUUCAGUUCCCCAUCUACGCUCUCAUCAAAGCCACCAGACUCCACCGACAAAAGCAGUCAUAUGAGGACACUGACCAGGAGAGCUGCUGUCUCGAUCAGAUAACAGCAGGAGCCAGCCUCAGAGAAAGACAGGACUCGAUAGACAAAGACAGCCACACAGAAACAGCAGGCUAACCUCACGUCCAACACUAUGCACAUCUGACACACAACUGAGGGCCGGGCGGGCUUUGCUGCAGCUGAGGAUGAUGAAUGGUCUCGUGCGCUAGAGCUAGAUGGUGUGGGAAUGAUGGACCUCCCUAAUGGCCAAUCAAGCAUCACCACCAACGCUGCAACAGUCUCUGAGAAGAGCAGCAGCUCAGAGUCUCUCAGCGAUAAGGGUUCUUCAGACCUGAAGAAGAGUUUUGACGCUGUUGUUUUCGAUGUGCUGAAGGUCACUCCCGAAGAAUAUGCAGGCCAGAUUACGCUCAUGGAUGCUCCUGUGUUCAAAGCCAUCCAGCCAGAGGAGCUGUCAAGCUGCGGCUGGAACAAGAAGGAGAAGCACAGCUCUGCUCCAAAUGUUGUGGCCUUCACUCGCAGGUUCAACCAGACGAGUUUCUGGGUGGUACGAGAGAUCCUCCAUGCACAGACGUUGAAGAUCAGAGCUGAAGUGCUGAGUCUGUACAUUCGCACUGCCAAGAAACUGUGCGACAUGAACAACCUCCAUGCGGUCAUGGCUGUGGUGUCAGCGUUACAAAGUGCCCCCAUCUUCAGGCUUACCAAAACAUGGGCGUUACUGAGUCGAAAGGACAAGGCAACGUUUGAUCGGCUCGACUACCUGAUGUCCAAAGAGGACAACUAUAAACGUCUGAGAGACUUCAUCAGCAGCCAGAGCAUGGUCUCUUGUAUACCAUACCUAGGGAUGUACCUGUCUGACCUGACAUAUAUAGACUCGGCCUACCCCUCCACGGGCAGCAUACUGGAGAACGAACAGAGAUCAAACCUGAUGAACAACAUUCUCAGAAUCAUAUCGGACCUGCAGAGAUCAUGUACCUACGACGUCCCAGUGUUGCCUCAUGUGCAGAAGUAUCUCAACUCAGUCAGAUACAUUGAGGAGCUGCAGAAGUUUGUGGAGGAUGACAAUUACAAGUUGUCACAGAAGAUUGAGCCAGGCACCAGCACACCGCGAGCAAACGCCUCCAAAGAGGAUCUUGUCGGCCAGGAAGCGUCAGCAUCUCCUCUCUGCGGCCGUAAAUGUACGGUAGCAGCUGAAGGAACCAAAAUCCCGGCCACGCCGCCCUCCCCCAGGAACCUGCUGCCCUACGGCCACAGGAAGUGCCACAGCCUGGGCUACAAUAGUUUCAUCCAUAAGAUGAACACAGUAGAGUUUAAAAGUGCUACGUUCCCCAACGCUGGUUCUCGCCACCUGUUGGACGACAGUGUGAUGGAGAGCCACAGUCCCACCAGGGGACAAGCUGAAAGCUCAACUCUGUCCAGCGGUAUUUCACUUGGGAGCAGCGAGGGCUCUGAGCUCAGUGAAGAGGUGUCUUGGCCUGCUUUUGAGAGGACUCGGUUCUAUCACUCUCUGGGCCCAGUGACCCGCGUGGCCCGCAUCCCCUACAGAGGAGUCCUGAGGCCCAGCAGCUCAGCAGAGUCAGAGGAGCUCGCAGUUCACUUGUAUCCCGGAGCAGUCACAGUGCAGGGGGUGCUGAGACGGAAAACCGUGCUCAAGGAGGGCAAGAAACCAACAGUGGCGUCAUGGACCAAAUACUGGGUCGCUCUCUGUGGAACCCAGCUUUACUACUACCCUGCCAAGUCCCUGAAGGCCACUGAGAGAAAACAUUUCAAGUCGACGUCCAGUAAGAGUGUGUGCGUGGUGGGUCUAAUGGCCAUGAUGGCUGACGACCCAGAGCAUCCCGACGUCUUCUUGCUGACGGACUCCGAGCACGGUAACACUUACAAGUACCAAGCAGGGAACAAAACGAACGCUUCGCUCUGGUUCAAACAUCUGAGUGCUGCCUGUCAGAGCAAUAGGCAACAGGUGCCAGCCAAUCUGAUGUCAUUCGAGUGACUGAUGCUGAGGAGUGUGACUGAGCAAAAGGAGAGAGAGAGAUGAGGAAACAGAUGAGGAGGAUGAGGAGGAGUAUUGACUCAGUCGUGGGAGCUUUCACUGCCAUGAGCCCUGACCGCCGAUUCUCCGAUUCUAGCCCUGGCCUCACUGCAGCCUCACCUGCCACCACUGCCUUAACCAGAGUACCCUGUGUGUGUGUAUGCGUGUAGAUGUGAGAGAAUGUGAGUCUGUGUGUGUGUGUGUGUGUGUGUGUGUGUGUGCGUGCGUGCGUGCGUGCGUGCGUGUGUGUGGAUGGAAGUGACUGUUUUGGGUGUACCGACUACUGAACAAGGACCUGCACCACUGCUCUCGUCUCCCAUUUGCCCUCAGUGUCUUUUGUUUUUAGUCUUCAGCACUUCAGUGGAGCCAUUCGACUUCUCCUCUCCUCUCUCACAGACAGACUGUCCUCGGAUGGACAGAAAUAAUCCUCUCCUCUGUUAUGCUUUCCUUUUUAAGGGGUUAACUAUUUUUAAUUGUGUUCCCCUGCCAUGCUCGAAUGCAAGAUUUCCGCCUUUUGAAUGGGCUGGACACACAAUCACAGCACACACUCACAUCGGACUAACCCGCUGGACUUUGGAGGGUUUGAAAACACUUUUUUUUUUAACUUACUCAGUUCACACUUUCAAUUGUUGUCUUUAUUCACUUGUGUUGGCUUGGAGUCACAUGCUUAUUUACAUGAGCCACGCACUCACACUCUCUCUCACACACACACACACACAUGCACACACAGGCCUAUCUGAUUGCAUCGUCGUAAAACGUAAGGGCUCUGAUUCGCAAUCAAUUCCAGCAGAAACAAUUCCCACACUUCCUGAAUGUGUCUAGUUUUUAUUACAGAACUUUCCCCCUUCUUUCUCAUAUACUCGCUAAGUGUUCUGUACGUAUGUGUGUGUUUGUAUAACUGUAUUGGGUGGCGAGGGGGGAGGGUGGGAGGGCAAAAUACUUGCUUAUCUUACAGGAAUCUCGUCUGUGUUUUCCACAUUGGUACGAUCGUCCCAGAAUCUAAGCUAAGACGUGUUCACGGUUGGAGAGUUAAUCCUUUUACAAACCUUCAUUUUUGUUUUCUCCAGUGUUGUCUGCUCUCUGUCGGCUGCCGCUCGGUUCACCAGACUCACACACACACUAAACACUAAAGACUUGAAGCUGUGAAAGAGUCCAGGAGACAGAGAGAGCAUCGAGGACAUCUAAUACAUGAUUUUAUCUCCUCUUCUUCAUGUUGCUUAAUAUGGUCAGAGCCUCUGGUCUGGAGCAGACAUUCAAAGCUACCUGGAGCCAUACAGAGUCUACUUUAAAUCUUGUUUGUUUAUAUUGUUUUUGUGUUAGUUUUUUUUCCUUUUUUUGGGAGGGAUGGUGCAGUUCACAGUAUUACCAUGUAGUAGAUGUUCGCACGUCAAUGUAGUUUUGUCUGUUACAUUUGAAUGUUACAUUUUUGUGUUUUUCUCACCUUUCGGAGCAGUUAUUUUGAACAUUUUAUGUACAUGUGAAUUUUAUUUUUCUUUUUUUGCCCCUUAUUCUGUUAACUAGGACCCAGCUCAGUUUAACGCCCUAACUGUGAUACAUCUGAUUUGGAAUAGCAUAAGCACCUUGGUUGUCAUUAGUGCCAAGUGAUGUAACCUCACUGUUGCUCUGCGUGAGGAUGAGCAGAGCUGCAGUGGCAUCAGAUGUAGUGUAGGUGCUGGCAUGUUUCAGUGUGGAAAACCUGGGAUUUACAGUUUCCUCUGUGCUUCACACACGUCUCACGGUGCCAGAAAUAGACUAUUGCUGUUGGUUAUCGUCGGGAGCAAAUCGCAUCCACAUGAAAAAACAUGAUCAGGAUGACGGAGAGGACAAUGAUGGGGUGCUUUUCGCCCAGUAAUAUUCAUCAAAUUCUAAUCUCUCUUUUUUUUUAAAAAAAAAAACCAGAUGUUUACAUUGUAUGUUUACACAAUCUUUUGCCCCAAAAUCACAGUCCCAUCAGUGCUCCACUUGAGUUGUAUAAACCUUGGUAUUACAGGAUGUAGAAACAAAGUGUCCCAUCUGUCAGUGGGGUAUAUUAAAGGGUAACGUCUAUAUUAUUUUUAAAGCUGGCCCCUAUUUUCCCAUGAGUCUGGGUCUCAGUAAGUAAAGGGAACAACUGCUUUUAAUACUGGCUCACUAUUGAGCAAGCAAAACAGGCUGCAGUGUUAUCACUUGGGUCAGUUUCCAUUCACUUCAAGUGUUUGUUUUUGCCACUGACAGGCUCAGAUUGUUUUAAGUGUCUGACCACAUUGUGGAAAGGAUCUCGACAGAGAUAGACAUUUAUGUUGCAGAGUAUGAUCCUCUUUGAUUCACCAGAAACAGCCACACCUAUCAGACUCCAUUUAAAUAAACAGUGAUUUAAGCAUGUAUAGAGGCAGCAUAUUUCACGUCUGACUGGGUGAAUAAAGGGUUAAUUCAAA